CCACCUUUCAAAUAAUUAAAUGAAUCUUUGAAGAAAAAGAGAGAGAGAGGACGCGGGUAACUCACUGUUAGCCUCAUACAAAGAAGGGCAGCUGACACCUGCCAGACUCCUAAGAGAGUUAGCUAUGAGGGUGCUGGCUUCCCAGAUCAAGGCUAAGUUCCACUGAAGUUCCGUAGGAAACUAUGGAAACCUUUCAACAGGAAAUGCUCAUUUCUUCCCAGGGGGAGGUUGAAUCACAUCCUGCAAAAGAGUUCUGUCUCAGAGCAGCCUGGGGGCCGUCCUUUUGCGCAGCAAGCUGUCACCCCUGCCUCAGUGGGUGGAGGAAUGGAGGCCAGAGGAGGGACUAAAACAAGCUGAGGACAGAACCAACUGUGGAGCCCUCAGGGAAGAGGAAGUGAAGAAAGCCUGGCGGCUUCCCAGGCGUCUGAGAAGCAACCACUCGGGAGGCAGAAGGUGUAGCAGGCAGAGGAAACAGCCUGAGCAAAGGCGCAGGGGCAGGAGAGUGGCUGGGGGACCCUGACAGGCAGCAGCAUGGAGGCAGCCCCGGGCCAGGAGAAGCAGCCAGAAAAGUAACUCUGAAGCUUAGAGCCAGGGAGGACUUUCAAGACCCUCCUCCAGUCCAGUUUCUUACUUUAUAUGAAAGGCAAUAUCCCACAGGUGAGGUGGGAGAUUGAAGGGUUCUGAGGACCUCUGAUUUGUGAGUUGGUAACAGGGAAGUACAAGGAAUAGCUAAUGGGGGUGUUCAGAGGAGAGAGGUCCUAGGGAGGGUCCUGGAAGACUUCUUGGAGGAGGUGACAAUUGUUGAUGGACCAAGAGGACAGAAGAGUGGCAGGGGAUACUCCUUUUGUGAGAGACUUGAUUCCUUUUGGCUGCAGUGAGUCAUAAUGUUGCUUGUAUGUCCCUGUCUCCAAACAUCCAUUCCCCUUCCCAGGCCAUCCAGCUCCCCAGAGCAGCCGGUGUAACCACUGAGGCAGGGGAGAGUGAGCCUCUUGUCUUCCAACUACAGGGCCCUCCCCUCCACCCACCCACCUCAGUUUUAGGCUUGCACACCCUCUCCUGACUCCAGAAGAAUUCUUGCUGAUGCCGACUAAGCACCAACUUCUGAGGACUUUACCAAUAGCAUCUCAUUUAAAUGACAGAGCAACUCUUUGCAGGAGGUAUCAGUAGUACCCCAUGUUUCAGUUAAGAAGCCGAGGUCUCUCUCGCAGCUGGUGGGAGUGGGCGUCCUGAUGCCCCACUGCCUCUCUGCCACCUCACUUUCCUCUGACCCACAGGGACCCUGGCCUUUCCCUGUCCUGUGGCCUCCUCUCCCACUGAGCAGGGGCACAACAAGCCUGGAACCAGGCACUGAGCCAGGGUGACAGAGGGGUCCCUUUGUAGCACCAGUUCACAGAUCCCGGAGCACUUCCUGGUGCGUUUUCUGAGCCUUUAAAACAUCCCUAGAAGGUAGGCUUGAAAUGAUCUGUCCAUUACAGAAGGAAAUGGAGACUCGGAGAUGCACUUUUCUUGCCUAAUAGCCAGGGACGACUCUUGACUCUAGUGUCUCCGAUCUGUACCACACCCACGCUUCCCUGGCCUGGCAUUGCUUCCUUCUCGCGAGGCAGGGUUGGGUCGAUGUCCACCUUGAAGAGACGAGAGAGGGUGGUGCCAGGGAAGUUGGGGGCAUGGGAUCUGUGGCUGCCUCCCAGAGUACAAGACCCUGCUGUCAUGCUGUUGAGGCCAGAACUGCCCGUGGGGCCCCAGGGGCCUCUGGAACUGACUGCCAGGAGGAAAGGUGACUUAGGGAGUGAGUGACCGUGGCUGGGUCAGUGGCCAGGGUGGCAGGCAGGGGUGGGGAGGACAAUGUCUUUGGCACUUGAAUGGAGGAAGCCAUGAGAGCUUGAUCUUUGAAUCUUUAGUCAGAUGCGCUGGUCCAAUGCCAGCCGGGCCAGGCAGCUUUGCAAGGGGGUCUGAAUCCCAGGAAAGCACGGGGACCAUUAGGCAGCAAGACCCAGGGAGGCUCCCAGCUUGGUGCUGAGUAAGGAAACUUCCAAGGGCAAUCAAACAGAAGCCAAAAGCUAUUUGCCCCUAUUCCCUCUAAUGUCGCCAAGACAAAAACUGAGAAGAAAAAAAAAGCAAGUGAAGCGAGAGAUACUUUGGCCACCGGCUCAGGGGAUGGUAAGGAUGUUGUGGACAGCGUGGAGCAGGCUUUGCAGUGAGAAGUUGAGUCUGCAUCACGCCGCGUCCCCAUACGGAUGACUCAUAGGAACAAUAUCUCUUGGUGCCGGUGCCAGGAAACUCUGCAUUUUCCAGCGCAGCUGCUUUGCUUUUAUCUCUGGGUUCUGCAUAUCUGCUAGCUGACCAUGUUUCCCUUCUGGCUGUGACUGUCGGGAAACUCCAAGUCAAAUGCGCGGUCCGUCUCCUCCAGCUGCAUGGCCAGCACUGCUCCUGCUUCACGUUCCCCCAAGUCACUUUCUGUUCACGCACAAUCCUGUUGCAUUGUGUGCUGUAUCUGCAAACUGCUUCAGUUGUCUUAAAAGUGCAGUGAGGUGGACAAGAGAAGGAAAAAGAAGAGGAAAGGGGAGAGUAAAUGAAAAACACCUAAGGGGAAAAGAAACCGAGAAGAAAAUGGAUUCUACCGAUGUUCCCUUAUGUUCAGCUGAUGAGCACCAGUUCUGUCACAGCUCGUGCUAACUUGCCUGGGCUUCGUGGUCCAGGGCUCCACCGGCGAGUUCCCCUUCCUGACCAGCAGCGAGCGCCUGGAGGUGGUCAGCCGUGUGCGCCAGCCACUCAAGCCACAGUGGAGAUGACGGUCAGCAUGGCGCAGGUCGGGGCUGACGCCGCCCUGGUGGUGACCCCCUGCUACUAUCGUGGCCGCAUGGACAGUGCCGCCCUCAUCCAUCACUACACCAAGGUUGCUGACCUGUCCCCGAUCCCUGUGGUACUGUACAGCGUCCCAGCCAACACAGGGCUGGACCUGCCUGUGGACGCGGUUGUCACACUUUCCCAGCACCCGAAUAUCGUGGGCAUGAAGGACAGCGGUGGUGACGCCACCAGGAUCGGGCUGAUCGUGCACAAGACCAGGAAGCAGGACUUCCAGGUGUUGGCUGGAUCGGCUGGCUUCCUGCUGGCCAGCUAUGCCUUGGGAGGUGUGGGGGGCGUGUGUGCCCUGGCCAAUGUCCUGGGCGCCCAGGUGUGCCAACUGGAGCGGCUGUGUCUCACGGGACAAUGGGAAGAGGCACAGAAGCUGCAGCAUCGCCUCAUUGAGCCAAACUCUGCGGUGACGCGGCGCUUCGGGAUUCCGGGGCUGAAGAAAGUCAUGGACUGGUUUGGCUACUACGGAGGCCCCUGCCGUGCGCCAUUGCAGGCGCUGAGCCCUGCUGAGGAGGAGGCCCUGCGUCUGGAUUUCACCAGCAAUGGCUGGCUCUGAGAGCAAGCAGGGGACCUGCCUGGCUGAGCUCGUUUGUCUCCUGCCUUGCACCUGCAGCUUAAAGGCGUGUGGGAGAAGCAGGGGUACUGACCUCUUUUCCUACUGGGGUCUUCCGGCACUCUUAUCCUCAUAGCCCUGUGACUUCUCACGUUUGUAUCCUGCAUCUGAGUCUCUGAGACCUUCAGGCUGGGAAGGGCAAUGUCUCACGGUCUCUACUGCACACGUGUUCCUGUGACCCAAGGCACUUGAAGCCAGAGCAAGAGAGGAAGGGCAGGGGGUAUCUGGGCACAAACAGGUUUUACUGACGGGAUCACUACCUAGACUUGGGGCUACAACCCUUAGGCUUAGGUAGCCAGGGCUACCCUAAGAGCCUGUGUCUGACUCCUUCCAGGGGUAGCGGUAGGUUAGGAACCUGGAUGGAGAAGCUGCUGGUCUUGGAAGGGCCAGCUGCUUUCUACCCAUCACACCCUUCCCCAAUCUGCCUACCUUCACCACACAUUCUUGUCUCCAACUCAAUUCAACUGUUAAUGCAGGGAGACAGCCUCCAGCUCCUUCAGACUGCUAAACCAUGACACCUGGUGGAUAGACAUUAUAAUCUAGAGACUGCAGUGACCGGCCCAGGUCCAAAACAGUAGGAAAGCGGUACUUGGCCUUGAGACAGGGCCACGUUUUGCCUAUAGGCUGUCUGCUUUUAUUAUUAAAAAGAAUCACCUUGUUACUAUAAUAAAGUUUAAAGUAAA